AUGUCUUCAGCUGCGAGAUCUGCUGCUGCCGAGCGGGCUGCUAGCCGCCGUGAUCGCCGUCCUACUGAGAGGGCUCAAUAUGUGUCCGAGACCCACAAGGAUAAAGAAAAUCGACAACGCCAGCAGGUUGAUAAAGCCCAGGAACGUCAAGAAAAGGCCCGCCAAAAGGCCAGUAAGGCUGCAGAACGCGAAGCAUACCAGAAAAACGGACGAACAGCACUUUCCAACACACCACUGCGGGGAUCUGUUGCUCUGUCGGUUCAUGACCCUGGAUUCUCAAGUCAAACUGUUUUGACGCCGGCGAGGGACCCAAACUUAGUGCCACGUAAAAGUGUAGUGCCCCCAGCGCCACGCAGAAUUUCUAUGAGUGCUAUGACACCACGCCCCCACAUGUUGACACCCGAGAAGGCUGCCGAGCUUUUGCGCCUUUGUGAGGCCGUUCUUUCCAAGCAAGCAUGUAGUCCCCUGGCUGCAAGUGUUUCCCACCCAGCUUCGGCUCUCAACAACAUCGUUGCUCGCUCUCCCAGCCCUACUGAUGAAGAUAUGUUUGAUGAUGCCAUCGCAGGCCUGGUGGACUUCGACAUGGAUGGCGAAUGUAUGGACAACAAGGAUGAAGGUAGUACUACUUGUAGGUCCCCAACACCUAGUGUUGAGCCAGGGAAACGUCGCCGCAGACCGUCGGACAGUGACAACGAGGAUGAUGGGCAAGUUCGCAAGGCUGUCAAGAUCCAGGAAAGCAGGGGGCGACCAAAGGCUGCUGACUAUGAACCAUCUGUUCGUACAAUUUUUGGUGUUGCUUGGGCACUAUAUCGCGGGCGUUUCUGCACAGAGGGAGCUAUGCCCGAUCGGAUGCAGGAGGUCACUUGGGCGAAGUUAGCAUGGAACGAUGCAUGUAAGAGGCUACAGACUCGUGUCGCUUAUGACGCCGAGAUUAUUAAAAUGAUCACUUCCCGAGGCUCUCACUUUCGUGGUGAGGUCAAGAGUAAAGUCCGACCAUAUGUUGCAGAUGAGUAUGGGUUCGAGACGAGUACAAAGCAAUCUGUGAUUGAUCGCAAUGUCAUGCUCGCGCGGGAGCUCAAGAAGGAUUUUGGAUUUGUUUAUAAGACUCGCACUCCUGAUGGUAACAAAGGAUUGUAUCAUGCGAAGAUCAUCCAGAAGGUGGUGAAUACGAUGUGGUUUCGUGAUAAGAAGGACGAAGGUGUGCUUUACCCUGAGUUCUACAAACCUUUCCCAGAGGUUGGGCUUGCAUUGCUCUUGACUGCGAUUGAAAGCGGCAUCGACGAGUGGAGCACUGGUGCUCAAUCAAACAAGAUGUUCACCGUGGAUGAGUAUCAGGGUGUGCUCGAUGAGCAUCUCAAUAACCUCGCAGAUUUUGAUGAGCAUACCAAAGCUCAGGGCCUGCUUCCAAAGUUGUUGUCCCGUCUUCAUGACAAUGGCCGCAUUCAUUCGAAGGCAGAUCCGCUUGGUCACGACACUGGCCGCACUAUGGCACGUAGCACAUUUGAUGCCGCCAUCGAAGAGUACAAUGACCGUGAGGGUAUCUUUAGUGAUUCUGGGGAUGAUGAGUAG